AUGGAACAGAUGAGGGCUCGUGAAAAGAAGGAGGAGGAGGAGGAGGAGGAGAGGGAGACUUACGAGGAAACAUCCAGGCCUCAGCCUCCUGUGCAGGCCUCUAAGGGCAAAAUAAUUCAUCAACCCUUGCCCAGCUUUGACGAGGAUUUGGUUGUAUCGAGUCCGAGCCAGAGGAAUUGGCGAGGGAUCCUCAUUGCGGUGCUGGUCAUCCUGUUUGUAUUUGGAUUCAUUGUGAUCUCGGUGAUUUUGAUCAGUCCAGACCAUGAAGGCUCUUCAUUGGGAGGUCGACGCCUCACCCUCCAGGACAUCCUUGGAGAAGAGCUCACACCUUCUCGGUUUAAUGGCACCUGGCUUUCCGCGGGAGAGCUGGUAUUCAGGGAUGAAGACGGAGGGGUUUUCAUCCUCGAAGUACCAAAAUUCUCCAAGCAAUAUGUCAUGCCAGGACGAGUAUACCGAGAGGUGAAUGCUCGGAGAUUUUCAGUUUCCAAAGACAGACAAUAUGUCCUUCUUGCUUAUGACGCUGAGAAGGUUUACAGAUAUUCAAUCGUAGCCAAGUAUGUGCUCUACGACAAUAAUACCGGGAAUUUACACCCAGUGACGGUGAGCCCAGAGAAAACGGGGGAUCUCCACCCGAAGCUACAGUUCGUCCUCUGGGGUCCAACGGAGAAUACGUUGGCAUUCGUAUACGAGAACAACAUAUACCUCUCCCUUCGUGCUAUUACCAAUCAACCUCUCAAACUCACCACCACUGGCGUAACGGGUGUCGUCUAUCAUGGAGUUCCAGAUUGGAUCUAUGAGGAGGAGAUCUUAGGUGACGAGCAAGCGAUGUGGUUCAGCAAGGACGGUCAGAGGCUCAUUUACGCCACUUUCAAUGACAGCCAAGUCGAAGAACUCCAGAUCCCCAUUUACUUGCAAGACGAUGGAGAACCCUGUAUGGAUGGACCAUGUUCCAAUCGCGUCAUUCGAUAUCCAAAGCCAGGGAGGCCAAAUCCUGACGUUUCCCUGACAGUUGUAGAUUUGGAAGACCUCAGCCAAGUUCAACUCAUUCCUCCUACGGAAAUACAUGGAACUGAGAGUUACUUCACUGGAGUGACCUGGAUUGACAGCAAGCAGGUGUGUGUUGUGUGGAUGCACCGUGCUCAACACUCGGCCAGCAUUAGCGUUUGCCAACAUCCAUUUUGGAGAUGCGUCCAGGUUCAACGGCAAAAGAGCCCAGAAAGGGGCUGGGUGGAUGUAUAUUUACCUCCCGUCUUCUCUGCUGAUGCUCAGAAGAAUGAGUCCUCUCGUUGCCUGUUCAACAACGCGUAUUUCAGCCCGAAUCCCUUCCAUUAUUUUGUCAUCGAAUGCAUGGGGCCUGGGAUCCCGUACGUAGAUUUGCACUCCACAGCCACCGGGGAACUGCUCCUGCCUCUCCAUAAUGAUUCGGUCUUGAGUGAACGAGUGGAACUCUUGGCCAUGCCGUCAGAAAUCACAGAAACCUUCCCUUUAGCAGGAGGAUACGAGGCUAGGGUACGACUCUUCCUUCCUAAUCACUUGGAUCCUGAGGCUGGCUUCCAAUAUCCACUCGUUCUGCAAGUGUAUGGUGGACCAGGCACACAGCUGGUAUCGGAGCAGUGGAAAGUGCACUGGGGGACCUAUCUGGCCUCUAGUCGAGAAUACGUCUACGCCUGGAUCGACGGCAGGGGGUCUGGUUAUCAGGGUGAUAAAAUGGAACAAGAAGUUUAUUACAGGCUGGGGACUGUGGAAGUCGAAGAUCAGAUCUCUGUCAUCAAAUUGUUGCUGGCAAAAUACUCAUUCUUGGAUGGUAGUAAUGUGGCUCUAUGGGGUUGGAGUUAUGGGGGAUAUGUGACCCUUAGGGCUCUGACGAUGGAUACUUCCGGGAUUUUCAAGUGCGGCAUCGCUGUUGCUCCCAUCACCAACUGGCUUUUCUAUGGUGAGGAUUCUUGUUACUUUUUCAUCUCCCUCCUUCCCAAGUCUCAAUGGAUUGAUGAUGUCUGGUUCCCAGAUUCCGUGUUUUCCGAAAGAUACAUGGGGUUCCCGAAUAUGUCAGACAAUUACAUGGGCUACAAAGAGAGCGACGUGACGAAAGCAGCGGGCCGAUUGCAAGGGAAGGCAUUAUACCUCAUUCAUGGCACCGGAGAUGACAAUGUUCACUGGCAACAUAGUCUCGCUCUUGUCAAUGCUCUCAUCUCCAAUGGAGUCCUCUUCAGGCAACUAGUGUACCCGGAUGAGAAUCACAACUUGGAAGGUGUCAUCAGUCACGUUCAUCAGAGCAUGGAAGCCUUUCUCGACGAUUGCUUUUGGGAAUUCCCCACGGGUUCCGUGACCAGCUAUCAGCAGGAGUCCCCGCUCCAUUUGGAGGAAAAGAGAUGAGAUAUUGGGACUUCUCACGCUAUCAUUCGUUCUACCCCUGAAAAGAUGAGAUCUUGGGACUUCCCAAGUUAACACUCGUUCUAUCCCUGUCGAUCAGAUUGACAUUCCAAGAACGCUUAUUGGCCAUAUUGUUCUAGUGGGCCUCCCUGAUCCCCUUGCGACGAGUAUCAUUCCCUCCUUGUUGAUACCUCCCGUUUGUUUGAGGUUAUCUACAUUCUACCUUUCUUUUCAAUUCAAUUGUUGCAGUGAUUGCAAGUACUGCAUCAUUAUACAGUACAUUUCUUCUAAAACUCGAAUCUUGGGAAAUAAAUCC